GCACCGAUUCAGGCUGCGCGGCCCCUUUAAAUCGCGCGCGCCCUGCCCCACGAGCUCUCGACUAUAAUACAGUGCAUUUACAAAGUUCACACAGCUAAUAUAACCCUGAAAUGGAUCUUUACAAGAUGUUCGUCAUGCAUACUGCAUGCAUGCGUCGGAUAAUGAAAUGUAUGUGAUCGUCUGUGUGUGAAAGCUGCUCUAACUCAGCUUGUCUCCUCCUCAAAUCAGCAAUCUCCUGCUCCAGUCGUCCUUCAGCUUGACUCACUGCAGCCUUUUUCUGAUCUCUGAUCAGCCGUGUCACCUCAGAGCGGUUUCUCUUAAUGGAGCGGAUUAACUCUGUAAAGAUCCUCUCGCUGUCCUUCACUGCUGCCUGUGCAGAGCGCUGUUAGGACACACAUUACAAUCAGCAUGUGACCCACAGUGGGCUUCAGUGGGACUGCAAUGUCUUCAGCUCUGGAGGAGAGUCUAAACAGUGUGUUAAAACAAUCGCUUAAAAGCAUGAAUGCUGGUCUUGAACUUUGCAGAAGUGCUCUAAAGCUGUGAGCAGACCUUCUCUCCUCCACUGCAAUGAAGACUGUUGUGUUUACUUUGCUGGUUGUGGCUGUGGUUUGCAGCACAGGUGAUAAAAUCAUUGGAGGUUAUGAAUGUCCGCCCCACUCUCAGCCAUGGCAAGUGUACCUUACGGAUGGGCGUAAAGCGUGUGGAGGAUCUUUGAUUAAUGAAAGAUGGGUUGUGUCUGCUGCUCACUGCAAUUUCAUACGACUCUUUCUCCACGUCCACUUGGGAAAGCACAACGUGUAUGUUACUGAAUGCACAGAGCAGAAGAUCAGGGUGGAGAAGGAGAUUCGUUACCCGAAAUAUAACGAUCAGCCUAAUAACAAUGAUAUCAUGCUGAUCAAGCUGAGAAAGCCUGCCAUCUUCAACAAGUAUGUAAAGCCAAUCCCUCUGACAACCAGCUGCACUUCUGCAGGGGAGCAGUGCUUGGUUUCUGGAUGGGGCGACACUGAAGUUGGCUCUGCUUCUGUCCUGCAAUGUUUGAAUUUGCCUGUACUCUCAAAGACGCAGUGUAAGCGUGCAUAUGGUACAGUAAUAACUGAAAACAUGUUCUGUGCUGGAUUCAUGAAGGGAGGCAAAGACUCAUGUCAGGGGGAUUCUGGUGGCCCUGUAGUGUGCAACGGGAAACUAAAAGGUAUUGUUUCCUGGGGCAAAGGCUGCGCUCAGCCAGGCUUUCCUGGGGUUUAUACUGAGGUGUGUCGCUACACUGACUGGAUCAAAAACAUCAUAGCUAAUAACUAACUCUUUGAUCAGCCUGGCCGGUCCUUUACAAGUUCAUUUUCCUAAUUAUCUGCAAUUAAAUUCAGUUUGAAGUAUGUAUGUGUUUCUAUCUUGUAUUUUUAUUUUUAAUUCAUUAUGUUUUUAAGCAUUUUUUAUUCAUGUUUGCUCCCCACCCCUUACACUGUGCUGCUACAGCAGCAUGGCAAAAUUAAGUACCCCAUCAUGUGGGUGUGCAUGUCACAUGGAAAACAUUCAAAGCCUCAGAGUAUCGACAACAAGGCCAUCAGAAGAUGUAAUUUCUUACAUACAGUAGCUAGUGCACUAAAAUUCCCAUUACAAUGUUAGAAUGUUAUGGCUUAGCAGACAGCCAAGUCACAUCUGUUGCCUCAUAUGCACAUGGUUUGUACAGAAACACUGUGUAUUGACUAGGCUAUGUUUCAGCUUCUGAGGGGAAAACUGGAAAACGGAGGGGAAAUCUCUGAAGCUAGAAAACUCCGGAUUUAGUUUACCCAUGGUUUAGAAUGACUCAAGGAUAACUAUUGUGUGAAAAGCCCUUUUAUUGGAAAUGUGUCAAUAGAAUUAUGAUGGAUUAUUUUGGUAUUUCUAUUUUUUUGUCUAAGGUAGAUUUUGCUAUAGCUAUAGAAAACUGAACUCUCAGUGAACAAUAAAGUCUUAUUAAAACCCUG